CAAAUUUAUAGUUGGCUCACCUGCUGAUAAUUUCAAGGCUGCUGUACAGAUCAUACCGGCCAUAAAUUCAGGCUCAGCUGAGCACUAUCAUAGCUUUCAGGCUCUGUAGAACUGAGACAAAGCCAUGACCUCUCGUCUGAUGUUAGUGGCUAUCCUGGUCAUAGCAGCUCACCUGGCGCUCACCGAUGCUGCCGUCCGCGCGUGGGGUAUGCGAGGCUUUAACUUGAAAGGCGACCCCACCGGCCCCCCAGACCCCUACCUCAAAGUCUGGUGUGGCUCCACCUUUGGCGGCAUGACCGAGUUCCACAAGGACAACGCCAACCCUACAUGGAGUGCCGAAUUCUACUUCCCCAACUGCAGAGCCAACGACAACCUGAAACUGGAGGUGUGGGACAAGGACCUUAACUUCGAUGACCACCUGGGCACCUGCACCUCGCAGGUGCGGUCCGGCACUCACGUAAAUAUUAACUGCAUUGUGGGCAAAGGCAGUCUGAGUUACAACUUUGAGCUCAAAUGAAUGUCCUAAGUCUUCUCAGCUGCUUAGAGCUUCUAACAGCAAUUAGUAUGCCAUAUUUCAUACAUCUUUGCAAAGUCUUAACAUGUCUUUGACAUCAAUUAAAGACCAAUAUUAAAUUGAUUUUCAGCAAA